AUGCCUCCUUCACCUAAAGGCGCCACACUUACCAUCUACGUAGACUGCGUAUCGCCCUACUCCUGGUUCGGCUUCACCUCGAUCCGCAACUAUCGGCCAGCCCUACAAGCCCACGGCGUCCAUGUCGAAAUCACGCCCUUCUUCCUAGGCGGCGCGCGCGACAGCGCCGGAAACCCGUGGAUGCCGACGCCGAAAUGGAAAGAGGCGUUUUCGAAGCAGGACUCUGAGAUGACGGGGAAGCUGCUGGGGUUGGAGACGAAGCAGCCGAAGGAGUUUCCGAUCAUGAGUUUGUUUGCUGUGCGUGUUGCAACCUGGGUUAAAGACCACUACCCCGACGACAAGUUCGAAGAUACUUUCCUCGCUCUAGUUUCCGGGUACUGGAAUAAAGGCAUCAAUAUCGCAAAGCCAGAAGGCAUUCUGGAAGCCCUAUCAGAGGUUUUCCCGAAAGAGGAAAUUGAAGAAAUCAUGCAAAAGGCCGUGACGCCAGAGAACAAGAAGAUCGUCAUUGAUAGGACGAUGGCAUCGGGGGCUUUUGGCGCUCCGUGGAUUGUGGGCGUGACGAGCGAGGGCAACAAGAAGAUGUGGUUUGGGAAUGAUAGGUGGGAGCAGGUGUUUGCGCAUUUGGGGGUCCCGUAUUCGCCGUUGGCUGUUUUGCCGCCGAAGGAGAGUAAAUUAUAG